GGAAGCACCAGUCUCUCUGACCUGGGCAGCUUUCCUGGAAAGAUGCAGCCUCUCCUGCUCCUGCUGGCAUUUUUACUGUCCCCUGGGACAGAGGCAGGGGAGAUCAUCGGGGGACAUGAGGCCAGGCCCCACUCUCGACCCUACAUGGCAUUUGUUCAAUUUCUGGUUGAAGAGAAAAAUCACAGGUGUGGCGGUGUCCUCGUGCAACAGGACUUUAUUCUGACGGCUGCUCACUGCUGGGGAAGCUCAAUCAACGUGACCCUGGGGGCCCACAACAUCCAGAAGCAGGAGAGGACCCAGCAGGUCAUCUCUGUGAAGGAAGCCAUCCCCCACCCAGACUAUAAACGUAAGAAGUUCUCCAAUGACAUCAUGUUGCUAAAGCUGGAGAGAAAGGCUACUCAGACUGCAGCUGUGAGGCCCCUCAGCCUGCCCUGGGGCACAGCCCAGGUAAGGCCUGGAGAGGUGUGCAGUGUGGCUGGCUGGGGGAGAGUCACCCGAAAUCGCAGAGCAUCAGUCACUCUGCAAGAGGUGGAGCUGACCGUGCAGCAGGACCGCGUGUGCAAAUCCUACUUAUGCAAUUACAACCGUACCACUCAGCUUUGUGUGGGGGACCCGAAGGAAAAGAAGUCUUCUUUUAAGGGGGACUCCGGGGGCCCUCUUGUGUGUAACAACUUGAUCCAGGGCCUUGUCUCCUAUGGAAGAUGCGACGGGACUCCUCCACGGGCCUUCACCAAAGUCUCAAGCUUUCUUCCCUGGAUAAAGAAAACCUUGAAGGCCACAUGGCAGAGUGGCUAAGUUCGUGCACUCCACUGAGGUGGCCCAGGGUUUUGCCCGUUUACAUCCUAGGCGCGGACAUGGCACUGC